AUGUCCGACAUCACUCAGGAUAUGCUGUUACAGCGUCUUUCAGAAUUUCUGACCACCUAUGGUCCCCUCCCAGCCGAUAUAGACUUCGGCGAAGAACUUACGGAGGCUCAUAGUCUUAUUGCUGGGUGUUUGGAGGCUCUCACCAAGUCUCUUGACACCCCCGCGCCACUAGAACCCGUUAUCGACACGGCUCAGGAAGAGGAAGAUUCUACCGAAAUCAUCCGAGGUCGCGACAAGGUUAUCGUUGCUUUGAAGAUUGAGCUGGAGGAAUCGAAGGUUGAAGAAGAAGAGCUUCGGUUCCGUCUGGCACUACACCAGGAAAGUCUCGCCACUGCCGACGAGAACCUCGCUGAUGCUGAAGAUGAAAUUCUUCACAUCACCUCUGUUGCAAAAGCUUGGGAGGCCCAAGCCAAUGCCACCAUUGCUGACCUUCGUUCUCGUAUCUCCGUUUCCACCGCUACAGUUAAAUCUCGCCAUGUUUCCAAGCCUCGUUACCUUGCUCCUUGCGCCCAAGAUCCCCGUUCCAUUAGCAAUUGGCGAGAAAGGCCACUUGAAAAUGGGUCCCCAAAGCCGGCGUUAAAAGCCCCGCCACCUGUUCCUGUUGUCCCUGUUGUCUCCGCUGUCUCCGCUGCUGCCGUAUCUGAGGACGAGAUGGCCGAAGACUCUCUUGUCGUUACCUGCUCGGUUUCUCAGAAUUCUGACUCUUUUAUACCUACCUAUGCCCUUAUUGAUACCGGAGCCUCUGGAUAUGCUUUUAUCGACGAAUCUUUUGUACGCCAUAAUAAUCUUACAAUGACCCGCCUUAAAGUACCUCGUCAGGUAGAUGUUAUGGAUGGGAGGCCUAUUGAAUCAGGAAAGAUCACCCAUAUUGUCAUUGUGUUGCUGGAUAUCCAUGGUCAUCGGGAAACUGCAUCAUGUUUUGUAACGAAGCUAGGACACUAUCCAAUUGUGAUGGGAAUACCUUGGAUGCGACGUCACGAUGUUACGAUUCGGCCGAAGGAAAAUUUACUUGUUUUUGACUCUCGAAGCUGUUGUCAACACUGUUCACUCAGUGGAACGACAGUCACUGUCCAUGGAAUAUCGAUCCCCCUACCGGAAUAUCAUACUGUUGUCGUUUCAGCAGUUGAGAAAUCCACCAUUGACGUCAAGCAACUAGUACCAAAGGAGUUCCACCAUCGUCUCCACAUGUUUAAAGAAUACGAUGCCUCAGUCCUUCCACCUCACCGACCCUCCCAUGAUAUUGAAAUAAUUUUGGAAGAGGGUAAACGACCACCGUAUGGACCCAUCUAUGGCCUGUCGCAGACUGAAUUGAAAGCAUUACGGGAAUACCUUGAUGAGAACUUACCCAAAGGAUUUAUUCGGGCCAGUGAAUCACCGGCGGGAGCACCUAUACUAUUCGUAAAGAAAAGUGAUGGGACUCUCCGGCUAUGUGUGGAUUACCGAGGCCUCAAUGCGAUUACGGUUAAAAAUCGGUAUCCGUUACCACUGUUAAAGGAAACUUUGGCUAAACUUUCGAAGGCACAGUACUAUACCAAGUUAGAUCUACGUUGGGGGUAUAAUCAGAUUAGGGUAGCAGAAGGGGACGAAUGGAAAACGGCAUUCAGGACUCGAUAUGGACAUUUCGAGUAUACAGUAAUGCCAUUUGGAUUAGCGAAUGCCCCUGCUACAUUUCAACAUUGGAUCAAUGAUAUACUACGUCCCUAUCUCGACCAAUUUGUAACGGCAUAUCUGGAUGAUAUUUUGAUUUAUUCGGAGACCCUAUUGGAACACAAGGAGCAUAUUCAGAAGGUUCUGAAGGUACUUGAUGAGAAUCAUGUCCAUCUUAAACCCGAAAAAUGCGAAUUUAUGGUUCAGGAAACAAAGUAUCUUGGCCUUAUUCUCACCCCGGAUGGGAAUAGGAUGGAUCCAAAGAAGGUUAUCGAUGUUUUGGAAUGGUCCACACCAAGGAACCUCCACGAUGUUCAAGUAUUUUUGGGAUUUGCAAACUUCUACCGACGGUUUAUUCUGGGAUACUCAAAAAUUGUUGCUCCGCUUACAGCUCUGACCAAGAAAAAUGUCAAAUUCGAAUGGACGGAUGAAAGGGAGGGAGCAUUCCAGACAUUGAAAAAGAUGUUUACAACGGCACCCAUAUUAAUGCACUUUGAUCCGGAUCGAAAAAUCGUGGUAGAAACCGAUGCAUCCGACUAUGUUUCCGCCGGAAUUCUGUCCCAACGCGACGAUGAGGGAAUUUUACAUCCAGUUGCUUUCUUUUCUAAAAAGCAUUCCCCGGCGGAAUGUAACUAUGAAAUCUAUGAUAAAGAACUCCUAGCAAUUGUACGAUGUUUUGAGGAAUGGCGACACCAUCUAGAGGGAGCGCAAUUUCCAAUCGAAGUCCUCAGCGAUCAUAGAAACCUGGAAUAUUUUAUGUCAACAAAGUUAUUAAACCGUCGACAAGCCCGUUGGUCGGAAUUUCUUUCACGUUUCGAUUUCGUUAUUCAAUUUAGACCAGGGAAACAAGGGUUAAAGCCGGAUGCAUUGACUAGGAGGUCGGGUGACCUACCUAAGGAGGGGGAUGAACGGUUGACGCAUCAAAGCCAGGUGGUUUUGAAGCGAAAAAAUUUGGAUUCAAAGCUAAGUUUGUUCGCGGGUUCUUUUUCAAAUGAAUCCGCUGAAGGAAUGUCCACUGUAGAAGAGUUGUUCUCAAAUGCUUACCAAGUUGACAGUUUCCCGAACAAAGUACUCGUGAUGCUUCGGAACGGUGUCCGUCACUCGAAUAAGAUCUCGCUUGCCGAUUGCAUGGAAGAUAACAACGGUCGGCUACUUUAUCGUGGCGCACUCUAUGUACCGGAUGACGAUGAUCUUCGGCUGAGACUUCUAAAAGAAUACCAUGAUAACCCAUCGGCAGGCCAUCCAGGCAGAGCAAAGACUUUGGAACUCCUGAAUCGAGAAUACUACUGGCCACGAAUGCGAAAUUAUGUCGAUCAGUAUGUUAGGAAUUGCAAUUUGUGUGCCCGUAGCAAGGCAUCACGCAAUGCGCCCUAUGGAGUACUCCGACCUAUGCCAAUACCUGAUGGACCAUGGAUGGAUGUAUCGAUGGAUUUUGUCACAGACCUUCCGGAGAGUGAUGGGUACAAUGCAAUUCUAGUUGUGGUGGAUAGACUAACCAAAAUGCGACAUUUCAUACCCACAACUAAAGAGGCGGAUUCAAAAGAAGUAGCGAGGUUAUAUAUCGAUAAUGUUUGGAAAUUACAUGGACUCCCUGAAACUAUGGUAUCUGAUCGAGGAACACAAUUUGUUGCGGAAUUCUGGAGGUCCCUUUGCGAUCGUUUGGAAAUAUCGCCAAAAUUCUCUACAGCGUUUCACCCUCAGACGGAUGGACAAACGGAAAGAAUCAAUGCUGUGAUGGAACAAUACCUUCGAAGUUAUGUUUCUUAUCAACAGGACGACUGGGUUCGAUGGUUGCCAAUAGCCGAGUUUGCAACAAAUAACCAUGCUUCUGAAACAACGAGAAUCUCUCCAUUUUACGCCAACUCAGGGAGGAAUCCAAGAAUGACUUUUGGUCCUUUGGAACAUGGUAGGACGACAGCGGAGGAUCAGGCCAAUAGUAUUGCAAGGGAGAUGAAGAAUAUAUUGGAUUUUCUAAAGGAUGAAUUAUUUCGAGCGCAAAGGAUUCAAGAAGAGUCCGCCAAUAUACGUCGAACUCCAGCACCUCACUAUCGAGUAGGAGAUCGAGUUUUCUUAUCAACACGCCAUGUCCUCACCAAACGACCAUCGAAGAAACUUGAUUGGAAACGCAUUGGACCAUAUAUCGUGAAGCGGAUCGUUAGUCCUUAUGCCUAUGAGUUGGAACUCCCUCGUUCCAUGAAAGUUCAUCCCGUAUUCCAUGUCUCUUUAUUGUCGUCUACAGCAAACGAUCCUUUACCAGGACAACAACAGUUACCACCACCGCCGGUCGAAGUUGAAGGACAGGAGGAGUGGGAAGUCGAGGAUAUUUUGGAUUCCAGGGAUCGUCGGGGAAGAUUUGAAUACUUGGUUAAGUAUGCCGGUUAUGACGAAGCUUCGUGGCAGCCAUUGUCGGAUGUCGAACAUUCGCCCGAUAUUGUCAAACGAUUUCACAAACGAUAUCCACGGAAGCCUAAGCCUACCAGGAGGUAG